GGUUCAUCAUCUGUGCGCACGAGACCCCAUAAAACAACCUUCACGGUCUCUGCAGUUGGGUUCUUCACUCAACAGGACAAAGCCAUGAAAGCAUGAAAAUGGAUGAAAAAGGCGAGAUGCAUUUUGACAAACUGCAACUUCUGACAUACUGAAACCAGCAUGAUUCCACAUAAGCUGAAGACUUCAGAGAGGAGUUAUUAGCUACCUACACUGUGAGGAUGAAGUGAUUAUUGAUGAUGACGUUAUGAAAUAACCCCACAAACAGCGCAAGUUGAGAGAAUGGCGUAUCACCACUUUAUACCGGCCAGUCCUACUGACCUCACUAUUAGUUCGAUGCUUGGACAGCAGUCCCAGUUUUUUCCUGUUGGAUACGCGAAACAGCUUGCGAACGUGCUCCAUAACUCGGUUCGUCUGGCGCUCAAAGACGCCGCGUCUCCAGCGCACCUCUCUGUGGAGACCAGAGACCCUGGACUUGCACCUGAGGAUGACCCCGUGGUUCACCUGGAAGUCAAGGAACGGUGGGGGCAGUUUCACAGAAGCGGCACGGAGAUGGUAAUAACAAAGUCUGGAAGGCGCAUGUUUCCAGCAUUCAAAGUGCGCUGCAGCGGCUUGGACAGGAAGGCGAGGUACAUGCUGCUGAUGGAUAUAGUCGCUGCUGAUGACUACAGAUAUAAGUUUCACAACUCUCGCUGGAUGGUGGCUGGAAAGGCCGAUCCAGAAAUGCCCAAACGAAUGUACAUCCACCCGGACAGUCCUGCUACCGGGGAGCAAUGGAUGUCCAAAGCUGUGACCUUUCAUAAGCUCAAACUGACGAACAAUAUAUCUGACAAACAUGGAUUUACCAUAUUAAACUCCAUGCACAAAUAUCAGCCGAGGUUUCAUAUCGUUCGAGCCAACGACAUCCUCAAACUUCCUUACAGCACAUUCAAAACCUACGUGUUUCCUGAGACAGAGUUUAUCGCUGUGACAGCAUACCAAAACGAAAAGAUAACUCAGCUGAAAAUCGAUAAUAACCCAUUUGCUAAAGGAUUCCGACAUACCGGAAAUGGGAGACGAGAGAAAAGGAAACAGAUGAUGCAUCAGAGGUGUGAUGUGGCACUGAAAAAAGCCAAUGUGUUCACAGACGACUCGUCUUUUGACCAAAGUUCAUCAAAUCCUUUAAUUCAAGAAACGAAUGUCCUUACAUCAACUUCAACAGAUACGAAUGAGAGUGACCUUGAUGGAUAUGGAGAUGAGAACGAAAGCAAUGAAGAUGGAAAGCAUUCAAUUUCUCAAGAUGAGCAAAAUUCCACAGAAAUCUCAACAAUGGUGCAAGAGUCCAAGGGCAUUUCAAAAGAUGAGAUACAAGGAGAAAGGAACAUGAGGGUCAACAGCAAAGAAAAGCAUAGUAAAGAGGGUACUGAACAUUUAACCUUGGAUAGAAAACAUGCUGAACAACACAAGUUUGCAGAUGGUGUGACUGACGUUUCUCAGAAGGCUUCGCUCACUCGGCACUAUUGCAUCCCCACUCCUGGCCUAAUUAAUUCUCUGUGUGUGCCGCCACAUGUCUUGUCAAAUUUAUGCCAGUUUAAUUAUGUUGGAACACUUCCGUUUUUGGCAUCUGAAACAACUGGUCCUUGGUUAUCUAGAAGGUCAAAUGAAGGGGAGGGUCAAGAUUACACCACUUCAGUCCCAUCCUCACAACAAAGAUUUAUUGGCAUGCAGCAGCACAGAACAACCUCUCAGGGUGUGCUUGUCUCAGCAUAUGGAAAUGUCUUAUCUUUUCCAAAGAGUUAUAUGGCCACAUCUGCUGCCACGUCCUCUGCUGUAUCAUGCCAGGUUCAAGGCCCACCCUUUUUCAGCGCUAGCCACCGAUCCCGAUGCAGACCCUACCCUUUGCCAAUGUGGGUGCAUGGCCGAAAAAUGCCACAAACCUCAGUUUUUGUACCAUAUGGUGAAACUGAUACAAAUGAGCAUGCUGGUAUUACAACUCCUGGAUCAGCAGCAGAGUAUAAAUCAAAACCUAAUGAGGAUCAAAACACACCGUGUCGGGAUCUCUAGAGAUGUCUCUACAGGAACAACAACAAA